GCUGCAGCCAUCCCUGGAGGGAUCUGUUUUGCCUCGUUCUCCUGCCCUCUGGGCCAGCCCCGUGGCUUCCAGCGAGGCUUGGAUACGCUAAGCCGGCUCCCCGGAUGCGCCAUGCCCCAUCCCAGCUGCUGAUCGCACACAGCCGGUGGGGGAGACCCCAGGAAACAGGUGCCCUCCACUUCCUCCAGCUGCAUGCUGCCGGGCUUGCUCCCUCACCAGCAUUCACCCGCGGGGCGCCUGUGCUGCAAGGACAGGGGGCUGGCGGGCGAGGGCAGAGGGAGCCCGGCGGCCUGAACUCGGCCGAGCCCCCGCUCUCUGACGGCCCGGUGCCCGGGAGGAGCUGCACCCCCCGCUGCUAGAGGCGGUGAUUCACUUGCUGCCUCCAGCGCUCCCCGCUGCCGCCCUGCGCGGCCGCCGCCGCCGCCCUGAUGGCUCCAGCUGACAGGCCGCUCGCCGGGAGCCGGGGCCGCCAUGUGCCGCGGUGGCCGCUGCUGCUGCUCUAGAUGCUCCUAGGGGCGUCCUGGCUGUGCGCGCCCGAGGCAGCCGCAGCGAAGCGGGGAGCGGCGGCGCGGCGGGGAGGCGGCGAAGCGGCGGCGGCGGAGGCGAUGGACGAGUCGUCCCUGCUGGACUUGCUGGAGUGCUCCGUGUGCCUGGAGCGGCUGGAUACCACGGCCAAGGCGCUGCCCUGCCAGCACACCUUCUGCCGCCGCUGCCUGGAGAGCAUCGUCAGCUCCCGCCACGAGCUGCGCUGCCCCGAGUGCCGCAUCCUGGUGGGCUGCGGGGUGGACGAGCUGCCCGCCAACAUCCUGCUGGUCCGGCUGCUGGACGGCAUCCGCCAGCGGCCCCGGGGCGGCGGGAGCGGCGGCGGCAGCCCCACGGCGCAGGGCAGCGCAGCGGCGGCGGCCGCCGCCCCUGGCAGCGGAGGAAGCGACUCGGCGGCGUCGCCCGCCUAUCACCCCGCGGCGGCCACCGGCUCCCCCAGCGCGGCCGCCGCCAGCCGGGGCGCCCUGCUGGGAAAGAGUAUUUCUCAACUGCCCUAUGGUAAAGCUCUCUACACCUAUGAGGGAAAAGAACCUGGUGACCUCAAGUUUACCAAAGGGGACAUUAUCAUACUACGACGAAAGGUGGAUGAGAAUUGGUAUCAUGGAGAGCUCAAUGGAAACCAUGGCUUCUUUCCAGCCAGCUACAUUCAGUGUAUCAAGCCCCUUCCACAAGCUCCGCCUCAAGGCAAAGCACUUUACGAUUUUGAAAUAAAGGAUAAAGACCAAGACAAGGACUGUUUAACCUUCACCAAGGAUGAAAUUUUGACUGUUAUCAGACGAGUAGAUGAUAACUGGGCAGAAGGAAUGCUAGGAGAUAAAAUUGGAAUUUUCCCUAUCCUGUAUGUUGAGCUCAACGAAUCAGCUAAACAGCUUAUAGAGAUGGACAAGACAUGCUUAGCUGCUGCAUCUGGCUGUGAUGUCCCUUUGCCAUCUGACACCAACAUGGCAGUAAAUUUGGCCCAGUGCUCUACUUUAAACAAUACAGGAGCAGUCAGUGCCAUUCAGCGGCAUAUUGAUGGCAAGAAGAAUGCCAAGAAACGCCACUCCUUCACUGCUCUCAGUAUGACACACAAAUCCUCUCAGGCCAUGCAUAACAGGCAUUCCAUGGACAUUAGUGCUCCAGUUUUGAUCAGCUCUAGCGAUCCCCGAGCUGCUGCCAGAAUCGGAGACUUGACUCAUCUUUCAUCCAGUGCUCCAGCCCAGGACUCCUCCUCAAUUGGAACAGCUACAGUGGCUGGACCUAGAACAAGUGCAAUAACUGGAGAUCAGGGAACACCGACAAAGGUCCAGCUCCCCCUCAAUAUCUACUUAGCUCUGUAUGCAUACAAGCCUCAGAAGAAUGAUGAGCUGGAGCUGCGUAAAGGCGAAAUGUAUCGGGUCAUUGAGAAGUGUCAGGAUGGCUGGUUCAAGGGGACAUCUCUGAGAACCGGAAUGUCUGGAGUCUUUCCAGGCAACUACGUGACUCCUGUUUCCAGAGUGCCUGUAGGAGGUGGCCAGCCCAGGAAUAGCUUAGCAGGCGGGGCUCAGACAAUAAAAGGAUCCCCAGGAGCUGUUCACCCAGGAGGUGCAAGUCUUACAAACACGGCCACUGCUGUCAGACCUGUUGUUCCAAUCACUGCACCUCAGACACAUCCCCAACAACAGACAGCGUCUCCUCAGAUGAAUAACUGCAUGAGGUAUUCAGCCCAGCAAAUGGUCAGCCAGACUCGCAGUGCCAUGCAGAUGGUAGCACACCCCUCUGCCCAGGUACCGGAGCGGCCCACGGCAACCGUCUCACCACUGAGAACCCAGAACUCUCCAUCCCGUCUCCCAGCCACUGUGGUUAGGUCACACUCCAUGGCUUCUCCACAACAUGUCCACCAGUCCCCUGUUCAAGUUAUUCCUGGAGCACAGUGUGCCAGGCCCAUCAUUCCUCUCACUUCAGCAGCAGCAGCCAUUACUCCUCCAAAUGUCAGUGCGGCCAACUUGAACGGGGAGGCAGGAAAUGGGCCGAUCAGCGGCUUGGUGACUUCCAGCCCAACCAACACCUCCUGCAAAGCAGAGGAGAGGAAAAAUGAAAAGAAAGAGAAGAAGAGCGGAUUGUUGAAACUUUUAGCCGGCGCGUCAACAAAAAAGAAAUCACGCUCCCCUCCAUCUGUGUCUCCGACACCGGACCCCCAGGGAGCCGUGGAGGGAGCUCUGCAGGGAGCAGUGGGACCUGAACUCUCCUCAAUCUCCAGCCACGGCAGGGCAGGUUCAUGCCCAAUUGAAAGUGAAAUGCAAGGAGCUAUGGGGAUGGAACCACUGCACAGAAAAACAGGCUCCUUGGAUUUGAAUUUUUCCAUUCCUUCUCCUGCCAGGCAGCUACCUUCUUCGAUGGCAGCCAUCCGUCCAGAGCCCAAGCCAUUGCACCGGGAAAGGUAUCGUGUCGUGGUUCCAUAUCCUCCUCAAAGUGAAGCAGAGAUUGAACUGAAAGAAGGUGACAUUGUGUUUGUGCACAAGAAAAGAGAGGAUGGCUGGUAUAAGGGGACAUUACAGCGAAAUGGCAGGACGGGCCUCUUCCCUGGAAGCUUUGUAGAGAGUUUCUGAGGGCUUGCUUUCUUCCCCAUCACUGCUCUCUGAACUGAAAGAUCUUUCAGGGGAAAUUCCAUAGCACAAGAAGAGACAGCAAAGGGAAAUGUGACUGAUAUCCACUGCCAUUUUUACGUCCAAAGACUCCCCGGGCCCUUCAUUCUACAGCUGUGGAACCACAGUACCUGCUGUGCUUCCAAAACCAUGUACAGUACAUACAGUGGUAUGUUGAAGUAGUGCCUUCCACUUGGAAUCAUAGACUGAGAGGAUGCACAUUUGGUUUGUAUCUAAACUAAACUCCAACUGCUACCCAUUAUGUAAAUUAUAGAGAAAAUAUCUUUUAAAAAGUUGUUAUAUUGCUGUAACUUAUUUGUCAGAGCUGCAGUGUUCUUAUUACUGGCCUAUGCAAGAUGGAUUUGGGUGUGGCAGGAGGCAGAAUAGGGAGCUCUUGAACUGGGAUUUUAUAUUUCCCGGGGGAAAGGGGGAGAGUGUGGAAAAACCCAGCUAAAGAUUUGUGCAUUGUUCUGCAAGAAAGAAUGAGGAGUCCAAAAUGUUAGUGUCAUGCUUUCUAUAUACCUCAAAAAUAUGCUGCAUAAGGAUGUCAGGAAGUGUGUUAGUGAUCAGAGUUGCAUUUCAUCUGAAGUACCUGUGAGAUGCACUGGGCAGAUCCUUGAAGAACUCUGGCUCCGUCAUUAAAUUGCGGUUAUUUGAGUAGAAAUCCUUUGAUUUAUCAUCUGUCCAUAUUAUAUGCAGCAUUUUUUUGCCCAUCCAGUAUCCACCUUUCCAUUGCUUUUUAUUUGCUGGUUUUGGUAUGACAUACCUUUUUUAAUUGUUUGCAGUAUUGUUGCAGCUGUGUUGGUCCCAGGAUAUUAGAAAGGCAAGUUGAGUGAGGUAAUACCAUUUAUUAGACCAACUAUUUUGUCCAAUAAAAGAUAUUGCCGCACCCACAUUGUCUCUCUAAUUAAUACCUUUUUAAUGUAAGAACUGUUAUACAUGAUAUAUAUAUACAUAUAUUCCUAACAGAUCAGGCAUUUCCUGCUUUUCAUACAUCUGGUGCUUUUAUUAUUAUUAUUUUAUUAUUAGGGAGAUCCUGUUUGGCUUAAGAGAGAGACUGUUAACAGCAACAUCAACAGGUUUCACAUUUAAUAUGUGAAUUCUGAAAUGUACUGAAAGUAGAUUUCAUCAAGAUGAAAAUGUUUGCUAGUACUACAUGAAGCAAGAGAGAAAAAUCAGAUUAGGCGGUGAUAUAUAUAUAUAUGUGUGUGUGUGCGUAUGCGUGUGUGUGUGUGUGUAUGUAAUUCACUUUCAUAAGAUCAUUCUUUAUAUAUAGUUUCUAAAAACCCUUAAUAAAGCACAGUAAUCUGUCUAGACAAUGAUAAUUAUUCAAGAAUUGGGAGCAUUUCCAGGAGGAGUAAUUUUAAUUGACUUCUAUAUGGCAAUAAAAAGAACACUGCAGGUUCCAGCAAGCACAGGAAUUGUGGAAUUUUCCUCUGUCGUUGCAUCAGAGAGAAGAGAGCCAAACUGCAACGGCUGUAAUUAGCAUUGUCAAAAUGUGAUUUUUUUACUGUAGAAAUGUACAGUUCUCAACACUGUUCUAACCUGGUCAAGCUACAAUACAAAAUAUAUCAGGCAAUAUAACCCUCCAUCUACAAGGGACCUAAAGGUGCAAUAAAUGUAAAGCAAGUUUAUGCAGUUAUUUGUAUCAAACAAAGAAGAGAAAAAUCGGAUACUGCAAGUGUGGGAGUAUUUGAAAAAGAGAUUCAGUUGUGGUGUCCUAUAACCAAGUUGUAACAAAAGAAUAUGCUUAACUAUGUUGUGCCCUGCCUUUCCUAGUGACUGGCUGCGUGACCACAACAGGAUAUGGUGGUCAUUCAAGACUAUGUUAGAGUUGCAGUAACCUGGAGAUGAUCUUAGUAAAAAGAGGAGGCCCAAUGGGUGUAUGCCGUUACUUUGUUCUCAGUAUUUCUUAUGCUGAAGGUGCAGGUUUUGUUUUCAUUCAAGCCAUGUAUGCUAGCACAUAUCAAAACAUGUAUAAGUGAACAUUCCUACUUACGUUGAACUGAAUGACUUUGUUCUCUGUCAAAUAAGUUUCUCUUCCUGUCGUUUGUAACAAACAGAUUCCAGAAACACAGUCUGCUGCCAAGCAUUGCCUCUUCAAAUCACAGAAACAUUAUUUUCGGGGGAGGGAGGCGUAUUUUUAACAUUACCACAUUUGUUCAUGUUCCAGGUUGUAAUCAGUCAUCAGUAAAAUAAAUGGUUAUUGUUAGGAGAAAAUUGCCUUUUAUAACCAAUAAGAGCUUUAAGAAAUUUCUUCUGCAAAAGGCUGAUAGAAGACUAGAGCACUAUAUUUCCAGUCAUUUCAUCCAAAUUGGAAAUAGUAUUUCUGCACCUUGAGCCACGAUCUGGUCAGCUAUCAAGCUGACAAUGCCCCCCAAAAAUGUAUUCUAUACACACACACACACAUAUAUAAAUUCUUGGUUAGCAUGGUCAGAAACAGAAUUCUCUGGCAAACUACAGUGGCUAAAUGUCUGUUAAAAUUCUGUUCCAUGGUAUAUUUACUGUAUCCAGAGAAAAGAAACAGGAACCAUAUUGUAUUCAGUCAGAUCUAAAAUAGUUCCAGAUUUUCGUGUUCUAAUGCUUAAAUCUAACAGGACAAAAGCCGUUAUGCAAGAAAAUACAGAAAUGUCUGUGUAAAAUCAGUGUUUUUAAUGUAUUUUGCAGUCAGGACAAUAAUAAUUUUUAACUAUAGAUGAUGAGGGCAAAAUAACCCUUUCAGUCACACCUCCUGUAAGGAGAAAUAUUUUUUGGUGUUUGAUAUUUUGAGAACAGCUGUUUCUGGUCCCCAUUUAUUGCUUACCAUAAUAGUCUUGGUUAUUGAAUAAUUUUCUUGGACAAAUCAAUUCCAUGCGAAGAGCACAACUGCAGAACAUAAGACUGAUCGGCGGUACAAGAAAAUGACCCAGUGCCAUUUAGGAAGUCCUUGACCAUGGGAGGGGAUUGGCGCUUACUGUGAUCCAUAUUUAAAUUGCAUACAAAGGAAAGAUAGAGGAGGGGGAAGGAGUGUGCGUGCGUUUCCUACAAGAAAAAAAAAGUGAAAGAAUCCUUCUGGCAGCCUCAUUUUGUAAAAUGCCAGAUUUGCUGUUCUAGAAAUGGUUUCAGCUAAUUGAACAAUUCCUUUGUACUUUGCACAGCUCAGAAAAUGUUUUUUGUUAUACCUGAAUGUUAACGUGAUUUAGAAAAUAUUGAUGGUUAUGAGUACAAAUGAACUACAAGGACUGUGUUUCUGAUGCUUUAAAUAAAA